AUGGUCGCUCGAAGCCACUACCCUGCCUUAUUUUCAAACAAUGGGGAAGUUCAGAAAGUUGUGCAUGAUCUUACUCCUUUGCUAGUAGUUAGCGUUAUUAUUAACACGGUUCAACCUACCCUCUCCGGAGUGGCCAUUGGAGCAGGCUGGCAAACCUAUGUAGCAUGUGUGAACAUUGCUUGCAACUAUUUAUUUGGAAUUCCAUUGGGCAUCACACGGAUAGGUUCUUCAAAUGGGAGUGAGGGGCAUUUGGUAUGGAAUGCUGUCAGGGACAAUAGCUCAAACUUGUGCCCUGUUUUGGAUGAUAUACAGGACUAA